CGUGUCUCCCGUUUUCCAGCGUCUCCUUCACUCCGUAUUUUCUCCUGCGAAUUGAAGUUGAAGUUGGAAUUGGAAGCCUUUGCAACUACGGAUUUUUUCUGCCCUGAAAUUCAUCGGAGGCCAAACCUCACAAUCCCUUGCAUCCAUUUUAUUAUGAGUUGAGCGUUCUUCUUCUUUUGAGUGGGGCACAGAAUCUAUCUCGAAGAAAGCCUUCUUCUUCUUCUUCUUCUUCUUCUUCAUCUGCCACGCCAAGCACUGGUCCAACCCGGAUUGUUUACAGGGAAACGAGGAGGCCUUCUGAAUCUGAAUUUCCCUUCUGGCAGCAGAAUUGGUUCAUCGUAUUGCUCUUCGUCAUGGCUCUCGGAUUUUUUGCCCUGGCCCUCUUCCUUUUCCUCAGCCUUGAUUCAGAUAAUGGCCCUUCUUCGACGGCAUCGGCGGCUUCCUCUGAAGGCGUUGAGGUUCAAAUUACUUAUGGGUCAGUUCUGAAGCUGAUGCAUGAGAGGACCAAAUUUCGGUUGCAUUCUCAUGAUGUGCCAUAUGGUUCUGGCAGUGGACAACAAUCAGUUACUGGUUUUCCCGGUGUUGACGAUGCUAAUAGUUACUGGAUUGUUAGACCUCAGCCUGGAACUUCUGCCAAACAAGGUGACACAAUUAGAAGUGGAGCAAUCAUUAGAUUGCAGCAUAUGAGGACAAGGAAAUGGUUGCACAGCCAUCUGCAUGCAUCCCCAAUAAGUGGCAAUCUUGAGGUGAGUUGCUUUGGAGGAGAUUCUGACUCUGACACAGGGGACUUCUGGAGGCUGUUAAUAGAAGGAAGUGGAAAGACUUGGAAGCAAGACCAGAGGAUUCGGCUUCAGCAUGUGGACACCGGAGGUUAUUUGCACAGUCACGAUAAGAAAUACUCUCGGACUGCUGGGGGACAGCAGGAGGUCUGUGGUGUCCGGGAAAAGCGUGCUGAUAAUGUGUGGUUGGCGGCAGAAGGCGUGUACCUUCCAGUUGCUGAAACCAAAUGAAGUUGAUCUCCAUCCCCGCCACCAUAUUCUUGCAGUUAUGCGUUAGUUUCAAUACUUUGUAGCUUGUAGAAAUGAGUAUGACAUUUUUAUGGUUUUAGGGGUCUAGUGUAGUCUCUGGCCGACGACAGAUGUAGAUGGGCUUUUGCCUUUUGAGUGAAGAAUACAAUUACCAUCAUCAGUUUUACAAUUUUAUAAAUUGGGCCUUGCCUUGUGAAAUGGGGUUAAAAACUCCUCAUUAGCUCUGA